UAAUUCAAAAAUGAGUGUGAGAAUAAAGGGAUACAGAUUUUUGAAUUUCCCCCACUAUUUACUCAAAUUUAACAGUCACGUGAUGACAAUGUUUGACAACAAAAAGGCGGGAAAAAGGUAUGUUGACAAAUUUGAUAGGUUAUUGUAUUUUUCUGAGAAUUUCAUAAAUUUAAACAGUAUUUUUUAUAAUAAUAACAGUUUGUACAAACUGCCAAGUGCCAAAAUGUCCAGUGUGGUUACACAAGCAGAAUGUGACAAAUUAACGAUAGAAAUAACUAUGGAUAAAUCCAAGAAAGAACAUGUAACUAAUGGACUAUCUGGCAAAGGAGAUUCACAAGAGCAUGAUGAAUGCCAAUACUUGAACCACAUCAAAAACAUCUUCCAGAGAGGCAUCAAAAGGAGUGAUCGAACAGGAGUGGGUACUCUUUCUAUAUUUGGGGCCCAAAUGAGGUACAGCUUGCGCGACGAGGUGUUUCCUCUUCUGACCACCAAAAGGGUGUUCUGGAGGGCAGUGGUAGAGGAGCUGCUGUGGUUCUUACGUGGAAGCACUAAUGCACUGGAAUUGAGAGACAAGAAAGUUCAUAUUUGGGAUGCUAAUAGUACCAGGGAAUAUUUAGACUCAAUAGGGUUGAAAGACAGGGAAGAGGGUGAUUUGGGUCCAGUUUAUGGGUUCCAGUGGCGCCAUUAUGGGGCUGAAUACAGGGGGAUGCAUGCUGACUAUAAGAAUAAGGGAAUCGAUCAACUGGCGCAUGUAAUCAAUACCAUAAAGACAAGACCAAAUGACAGGAGAAUAAUAAUGUGUGCUUGGAAUCCCAUAGAUUUGCCAGAGAUGGCACUACCACCGUGCCACUGUCUGGUCCAAUUUUUCGUAGCUGAAGACGAGUUAUCCUGUCAAUUGUACCAGAGAUCCGCCGAUAUGGGGCUGGGAGUCCCUUUCAAUAUCGCCAGUUAUGCCCUUCUAACUUUCAUGAUCGCUCACGUCACGGGACUUAAGCCGGGCGAAUUCAUUCACACGUUGGGCGACAGUCACGUGUACUUGAAUCACGUGGAGGCCCUACAGGAACAAGUGAAACGCGAACCGAGGCCCUUUCCCAAGCUCAGGAUCAAAAGGAAGGUAACGGAUAUCGAAAGCUUUACCUUCGAUGACUUCGAAUUGGCCGGUUAUAACCCCCACCCUAAACUGAACAUGUCUAUGGCCGUAUGAUCAUUUCUUUUUUUGUUUUGCGUUGACUCGAAUACAAGUACUACUUUUUUA